GGGGACGAGGUGACCCCAGCCCGGCCCAGGAGGACGAGGUGACCCCAGCUCAGCACCCAGCCCUGCCCAGCGGCUGACAGGCCAGGCCUCAGCAGGCAGCACCUCAGGCUGCCGCCAGACUCCAGGAGGAGGGAGCCUCUGCCGGUAUGGAAGAAGAGUGGGAAUGCGAAAGGGACCGAGAGCUCUCCCAACAGGGAGAGGUUACCAGCCAAGACCUCGGCCUUCAGGAAGAGGUGACAGUCCAAGAGUUUUACCAACAGCAAGAAGAAGUGACAGUCGAGGAAGUUUCCCCAUGUGGAGUUGUGAGACGCCACGAGUGGCAUCAGUGCGAGGUAGGUGUGAGAGUCCAGAGGGGAGAUGGCGCACAGCGAGAGCUGGAGAUGUUCCACUGGGGCCUCUCCCAAUGGGACAAGGAGGGUGAGACACACCAAGAGCUGUCCCAGCUGGAAGUGGAAGGAUAUCAGGAACUGUAUCCUUUGAAAGAAGAUGUACAAGUUCAUCUGCACAUGCACCAAGGGGAAGGAGACCAGAGAGAGCCAGAGUUGUCCCAAGUGGCAGACAACAGGGAAAACGAGCUAACCCAAGCAAAAGAUUACAAUGUCCAGCAGCUGCCCCAGUGGGAAAAAGAUGGGAGCAACCAAAAUCUUUCCCAAAGGGAAGAAAGUAUCAGCAGCCAGGGCCUGUCUCACUGGGGAGAAAGUGCCAGGUACCAGAUCCAUGACAAACCCUUACACCCAGAGAAGGACAAGGACACCCAGACUUGUGCCCAGCAGGGGCCUGGCUCUCCCAGCAGUGUGGGCACCCAGGUGGCAGCAGAGGCAGCCUGGGAGCUGCCCAGUGCUCCUGCCCUGGGGAGUCCCACAGAGGAUGAGCUGGCAGCUGCUGCAGUUCCAGCUGGAGCUGCUGAGGAGCUGGAGGAGUCCCUGGAGCAUCUGGCUCCCGAGGUGGAAAAAGCACCAGGUUCUCCUGCUGGCAGUGAUGAGCUGCCAUCGGCAGGGACAGAGAGCCCAGUCCCUGCCCCACUCAGCCCCCCAGGCUGCAGCCCGGCUCUGCUGGGCUUAGGGGGGCACAUCAGCUCUGAGGUGGUGCUCAGGGCUGUGCCUGAGGCCCAGGCAUCUGGCCAGCAGCCAGAGGAACAGGAGGACCUGGAGCAAAGCGUGGCUGCAGAACUGGAAGCAGCAGCUCCAGGACAAAGGGAACAGAGCCUGAGCUCUGCCCCACACAGCCCCUGCUGCCCCCCCAGCCCCUCACCCAGCCCGCUGGGAGCCCAGGCGCUCAGGAAGCAGCAGGAGGAGGCAGAAUGGGGGUCAGGCUUGGCAGAGGACGAGAUCAAGGAGGGGGCCUUGGCUGGGGAGCUUGAGCAUUCUCAGUGCAAAGAUGAGGAACACACAGAGCUGUCCCAAGGGGAAAUCAACAAAUACCAAGAAGGGUCCCAAGGGGAAGUCUGUACUGAGCAGGAGCUUUCCCUAAAAGAAGCCAGUAGCUACCAGGAAGGGUCCCAAGGGAAAGCCUACAGUGAGCAAGAACUGCCCCAAGCAGAAUCCAAUAGGUACCAGGACAAAUCCCAAGAGGAAGCCAGCACCGAGAAAGAGGUGCCCCAAGUAGAAUCCAGGACCUACCAGAAAGGGCUCACAGAGGAACCCUGCACUGAGCAGGAAUUUCCCCAGGAAGAAGCCACUACAUACCAGGAAGGGUCCCAAGGGGAAGCGAGCACUGAGCAGGAGAUGUCCUCAGCAGAAUCUGGUAGCCACCAGGAAGGGUCCCAAGGGGAAGCCAGUACUGAACAGGAACUGUCCUCAGCAGAAUCUGGUAGCUACCAGGAAGAGUUCCAAUGCUGUCUUCACAGCAUUGAUCAGGAGCUGUUUCCAGAAGAAACCGGCAGCUACGAUGAAGGGCCCCAAGGGGAAGCCUGCAAUGAGCAGGAGCUCUCCCUAGAAGAAGUUGGUAGCUACCACGAGCUCUCCAGUUGUGAUGAACGUGUCAAGAAAGAGCUGUCCCAUGGUGGUGAUGUUGGGAGCUACCAAGAAGUAUCCAAAGGCAGAAUCAAAGUAUCCAAGGAGAACCAAAGGCAAGUUGUUGGCUCCCACAAUCUGUCUGACUGGGAAGAAGACAGCGGGCAUGAGCUGUUCCUUGGAGAUGUUGUAGGCUGCCAAGAAGUGUCGGAUUGGGAAGAGUCCAUUGGCCAGGAGUUGUCCGGAGGGAAUGGUAGGAGACCCUCCGUGGAGUCCAGCUGGGAGAGUGACGGUGACAGAGACCUUGUGCAGGACAGCUGGGAAGAGAGAACCAGGGCCAAGCCCUUGCUGCAAGAGGACGAUGACUGGGAUGAGAGAAGCGUCAUCGAGCUGCGUGAAGAUGAAGACAGAGAGCGAAUAGCGGCAGGUCUGGCAGGAGGCAGGUUCUUCGUGCCCCUCCCUCGCGAGGCUUGGGUUGAGCUUGGGGCAUCUGGGCCGUGCCUGGGAGGGCCGCUCUGUGCCUCAUCUCCCCACGGGGAAGACCCGGCCCCCGGAGGACAUGCGGCCUCUCCUGACUUCCAGGAGCAGGUGCCAAAGGCAAGGAGACCGCCGGCGCUGCGGGCGCUGCGCAGCCUCUUCUGCUUCCCAUGCCUGGCACCGCAGCCCGAGGAUUAGGGCCUGCUGCUGAUGAAAACCAUAUGGAUAGGAAAUUAAAAAUAAAGAAUAAGGAAAAGAAUAAGAAAAGAAUAGGAGUAAG